GUGCCAGAAAGCUGUGUUCUGAUUGGAUAGUCCUGAGUUUGCUCCUAUUGGUUGAGCAUUGUUUCAAAAACACUGCCAGGAGCUCCUGGUGGUGAGAAAAUACAAACUUCAGCUUCUUACAUCAUCCAGCAUCUAUCAGCAAAGGAGGACCUUCAAAAAAUGGCGAGGCGAAAUAUGGUGUCUUAUUCAGAAUUCUCCAUGUCAGAGAGUAACAGGUGCACCAUUUAAGGUGGUAUGGACUAUUAGAAUAAGGAGCAGCUCAGGGACUGAAGUUUUAGACUCUGUUCGUCUCUUUUUGGUCUAAAAUAAAAUGUUGUUUAUUGUUGGUAGAUCACAGUAUCUCAGGAAGCCAGGAAGACGACUCAUUAAUUGAUGAAAAUGUGGUUUAUUUGCACAGACGGACGACCGCCGGAGGGGACAGUCUGACACUGAUCUGCAGGGUUGGAUGAAUCCUCUGCUGUGUAGUGAGAAUGUUAUUUUUAAGCAAUAGGACCUGAGAGAGAGAGAGAGGGCGCGUUAUUUCAGAUAUCACUGCUGUGACUCAGUCACAGAAGCCUGUGGUGAAUCUCGAAUAGCUCCCUACACUCUAUUAGGACUGGACCCGAAUAUACUGGACCGAAUAUUCGAGUAUUCGGAUAUUCGUUCAUUGGGUGCUGUGCAGCUGUGUGUUUGUGGUCGAUCGUCUGACCCUGUGACCCGGCUGUCCCCUCCCCGACCUCCCUGACCCCGCCCUGUCGCCCCACACAGACCCACACACCCCCUACACACACUCACACACACUCACACACACACCCUGCCCAGCAUGAACGAGGUUAGCGUGGUGAGAGAGGGCUGGCUCCAUAAGAGAGGUGAAUACAUAAAGACGUGGAGGCCUCGUUAUUUUAUCCUGAAGAGCGAUGGCUCGUUUAUUGGCUAUAAGGAAAAGCCUGAGAUAUCCGACCCCAGCCUGCCUCCGCUCAACAACUUCUCCGUAGCAGAAUGCCAGCUCAUGAAGACCGAGAGACCCCGGCCAAACACCUUCGUCAUUCGCUGCCUGCAGUGGACGACGGUCAUCGAGCGCACCUUCCACGUGGACACCAAUGCUGAGAGGGAAGAGUGGAUCCGGGCGAUUCAGGCUGUGGCCAAUGGGCUGAAGACUCGUGAAGAAGAGGAGCCAAUGGACAUCAACUUCGGUUCCCCUGGAGACAACAGCCUGGAGGGCAUGGAGACGGCUAUAACCAAAUCCCGCACCAAAGUGACAAUGAAUGACUUUGACUACCUGAAGCUGUUGGGAAAAGGCACAUUUGGGAAGGUAAUUCUGGUGAGAGAAAAAGCCACUGGCGUCCAUUACGCCAUGAAGAUCCUACGCAAGGAGGUCAUCAUCGCCAAGGACGAGGUGGCGCACACAGUGACAGAGAGCAGAGUUCUGCAGAACACGCGGCAUCCCUUCCUCACGACACUAAAGUACGCCUUCCAGACGCACGACCGCCUCUGUUUUGUGAUGGAGUACGCAAACGGUGGCGAGCUGUUCUUUCACUUGUCACGAGAGCGCGUGUUCACAGAGGACAGAGCGCGGUUUUACGGAGCUGAGAUCGUUUCUGCGCUGGAAUACCUGCACUCUAGAGACGUCGUAUACAGGGACCUUAAGCUGGAAAAUCUAAUGCUGGACAAAGACGGUCAUAUUAAAAUCACAGACUUCGGCCUCUGUAAGGAGGGCAUCACCAACGAAGCCACGAUGAAGACGUUUUGUGGCACCCCAGAGUACCUGGCACCAGAGGUGCUGGAGGAUAACGAUUACGGUCGUGCGGUGGAUUGGUGGGGUCUGGGUGUGGUGAUGUAUGAGAUGAUGUGUGGUCGGCUGCCCUUCUACAACCAGGACCACGAGCGUCUGUUUGAGCUCAUCCUGAUGGAGGAGAUCCGCUUCCCCCGAAGCCUCUCGCCUGAUGCCAAGUCCCUGCUGGCUGGCCUGCUGAAAAAAGACCCCAAACAGAGGCUGGGAGGAAGUUCUGAUGAUGCCAAAGAAGUGAUGAGCCACAAGUUUUUUGUCUCAAUCACCUGGCAAGACGUGUUGCAGAAAAAGCUCAUCCCACCAUUCAAGCCUCAGGUGACCUCAGAAACUGACACGCGUUACUUUGAUGAAGAGUUCACUCUGCAGACCAUCACCGUCACACCUCCAGACCAGUAUGACAGUUUGGACGCUGAAGAUCCGGACACACGCACGCACUUCCCCCAGUUCUCUUACUCCGCCAGCGUUCGGGAGUGAUGGACACGCACCCCCUACACACACACACACACACACACACACACACACACACACACACACACACACACACACACACACACCACACACACACACACCCUGACCAGCAAACUGGACCCCCACACCCUCCCAGCACAUGCAUAUAUAUACACACUCGCACUCGGACCAGCAGACCAGCCUGAUUUAUUUGGGGGGUUUUACAGGCGAACAGACCCACGCACACUGUUUCUGAUCGAUCCUCCAGCCUGCAGUCACACUACACCUGCUCCACUGUAAUUAUCACUGUCGCAGGCGUCGCUAUGGUAACAGAACCAGCAGGACACGCGGAGUGAAACCCCUCCGGUGGACAUGCACCACGUUUCUUUUCCUCUCUUUGAGAGAGAAAAUAUUAAACUUCUGAUUGUUACAGUUUUUCUUUUUCCAAAAAAAAGGAAAAGAGAAAAGAACACAAAGCCAUAUCUCUGCGACUUUACAAGUGCUCUUUCUGGAUCGAGCUGUUACCGGCAGUGUUCAGAACUCUUUCUGAAACAGGAGAGAGAACCAGGAGGUGGGGGAAGAACAUCACGCCUGCUGCUGAUGGAGGAGAGCCUGUGUACAGAGUGGAGCCCGUCUUUACGCCUGCUCGCUUCGUUCAGGCUUCAGUAUCGGUAUCGUAUCUGGAUAGAGAGCCGCGUAACAGUGCAGGUGUAAAUGCUGUAGGCAAGAGUCCGAACUUUUCAAAUAGACAUGAAAGUUUUAAAAACUUUGAUUAAAUUUGGAUUACAUGCAAUUUUUUACAUGCAAAGUAGCUUCUUUCUAGGGCUGAACGAUUUGGGCACAUUUUCUGACUAAUACUGCGACUGUUUUCUGUAAGAUGAGGUUUGAGCCUUUUUUGGCUAAGAAGACCAGCAUAUACUUUUUCUGGCUUGAGACUUGAACGCUUAACACAGCCUGCCAGUUAUUUGUGUCACAGCACAUGGAUGUUUGGUUGCUUCUUAUUAGUCUAUUUCAUCUAAACGCAGUUCACAAGUUCCGAUUUAUUCAGUUUAUAUAAAACUUGCAAUGUGUUAAUGUUGAUAAAAAGACUUAAAGACUAAUAAAAAUUGCAGCUCUUGCGAUUUGAAAAUUGCACUUGAUAUUAAAAUUAUUAAUCUUUCAGCUCUACUUCUCUCCAACGUUACACAUUCUUAUAAGAGCCAUGAACCCUGUUCUCUACCAGAGGGCAGCGUAGAGCCUGUGUGUCACCUGGUCUAAUGAGUUUCUGGUCUGUUUACUCCAAAGAGGGAGGCACAGUACGAUGCUGCAGCUGUCUAAAGCAGACUGGAUUCAGCGGAACCAGACUUUGAGCCUCUUUAGUGAAUUUAUCAGGUUUAGCGUCAGCUGAUUAACUUCACUCACUAAAGUAGGAGGUGGAUUGCGAUGUGACGAGGCUGCUCUCUUUGGCAGACGAUGAGAAUCUGUUUAUCAUAAAGACUUUAGAUGAUCAGACACCAGAUUUGACUGAAAUGCCCUAAAAAGAUUUAAAGCUGAUCAGUCAAACCACUUCGAGACACAAAUGUUAUAAAAGUGCGAAUGCGUACGUCUCUCCGAGCUGCAUCCGACAACCAAAACUCCUCCCAAUGCUGUGACUCCUCCCCCAGUUGUUCUGCAUUUGUUUAAGACUCUGCCCACCGGACUGCCUCCGGUUCAGCCAUGAGAUUCUCCUCUGAGCUUAACUCAGGGGCCGUUAGUGGCCCACGCUCGUUAAAAUAAAGCUCCAGUUUCGCGUCUUUAUUCACUGCCUCACUAUAAUACUUAACGUUUUAAUGCCUGUGUGCAUCACUGUGUGAAUAACGAUGUGUAAUAAUGAUUGGCUGUUGUACAUGAGCUAAUUUGCAUAUCUCACACCAUAAAGCAGUCGGCGCGUUUGACUACCAGUUAUACGACCGACUGACGGCACAGUCUGAUUGGUUGAGAAGUGUUCUAUUAUGUGAUAACGUUUUUAUCACUGUAUGUGUCAGUCUGCUGAGGAACGACUGGCUUUACGCUGCAGUUGACCGUUACUGAGAAACAAAAAAUGGACACAUUAGACGACUUCUGUAAGAUAAUAUGUGACCUGGUCAGAUUCUGAAAAAGAGACUGACCGCAGGACUACGUCAAAUUCAACUAAGCAAACUGGAAUCAGACAGAAACCAACUGAAAACAAUUCGGCAAAACGAGGCGCUUUACAGACGAGCGAAACCGCAUUCAGUUUCAUCUGGAAACACUGAAAAACUGAGCUCAACCUGAUAUUCACAGUUGAACAGCUCUGUAAUGCAUAACGUCGGAAGGUUUCGCCGAUACUAAAGCACUGCAGAUACAAUGUGGCUUUAUUUUUAUCAGUUUUUGAUUUUCGUAACUGUUCUGUUAAAGCAGUAGAACACUGGAGGGACUUUAUAGUGAAUAACUUCACGGCUGUGAUUCGGUCGCAGGAACGAGCUGAAAGUGACGCAGGCACUUAUCGGAACACGUUACAGUCCAGAUACGAGGCACAAGAAACGAGCAGGUGUAAACGGGUUCUCAGCACGUGGAACGUCCAUGCCUUCAUCAGUCUGUCUCUGUGUGUGUGUGUGUGUGUGUGUGUGUGUGUGUGUGUGUGUGUGUGUGGUCUGAAUCUUCAUCUUAAAGUGUGUGUGUUGGUUUUGUAAAAUGGGCAUAAUGUGGGUUUUGGGAGGUGCUGUAUUCGUGUAAAGGGAAGAAACAACCUGCAGUUCCUUCAUCACCAGCCUGGAAACUUCUCCACCAGAACCUCCAUCAGAAACUUUAGGACAUCUCUAUCAGAAAUUUCUCAUUAGUAAACUCCCGAGGUUCUUCAUCAGAACCAUCGGAGACGUCUCCUUCAGAAAUUAGGGACCACUUUCCCCAUGUGGUUUAAGUCUAGUCUUGGACUAAAUGGAAGUGCUGUUGGAGAAUCACCUCUGAAAAUUCCUUUUAGUCUUGGAUUAGUCUUAAUCUGGGUCUGGGAAACUGGCCCUAAUAGUCCUCCAUCAGAACCUUCAAAAGAAAUGUCACACACUUUUACAUAAACACCAAAAGUUCUCCGUUAGAACCUUCUUCAUAACGAAGAAGGCAGAGUGUCUCCCAGCAGAACCGCUGAGACGCAUCCGAUACUUUUCUACCAGGAACAUCAGAAGCUCUUUAUCAGAAAUAUCAGAAAUGUCUCCAUCAGAAACAGCUGUGUGUUCUACUAUCACUCAUGUCAAUCAUCUGUACAGUGUCGGAGGCAUUGAUGUAAAAAGAUUUUAUAAGUAUGAUUAUUUGAAUGUCCCCUUAUUUAACACACAGUCUCUCUGUCUCUCUCUCUCUCUCUCGCUCUCUCUCUCUCUCUCUUCUCUCUCUCUAUUCCCUCUCUUUCCUGUCUCUCUCUCUGUGUCUCUCUCUUCUCUCUCUCUCUCUCUCUCUCUCUCUCUGUAGUAAAUAAUGAUUUGGGGUGGGCGGUGAUGGUGAUGGAGGUGUGUAUAAUGGUGUGUCUGUGUCCACCUGCCGUCAGAUCACACUGCUCACUAGAGUGAGAUUGUUUUUGUUUUUUUUUUUUCUUUUUGUUUUGUUUUUGUUUUUGUUUUUUGUGUCUUGCCUUUUUUGAGAUGCUUCAUUAUUCGGGCGUCUGGUUUUGUUUUUUGUUUUGUUUUUCUUCUUUUGGAUCAGUGCGCUCGCCCUUUGUUCACCCACUCCCUGAAAUUGUCAAUGAAAUAUAUAAAUAUAUAUAUAUAAAUAUAUAUAUUACAAUAGUGAA